AUUGAACUCAGUAGGUAGUACUGUCUCCUGAGUAGCAUUCGAUAGUUGAAUACGUGAAGUCCCAUUGCAUACUUGGUCUAUUGAGUCUCCCCGUCUUUCCCGUCCCCAUCCAUCCUAUCAACUAAUCAAAACACCCAUUUUUCCCUCGCCAAAUUAGAGUUGCGUCUCCCCUGGAUUGGAAGGCUUCUUGUUCUUGAAGUUCUUUCGAUCUUUCUCUUCUCCUCCUCCUCCUCCUCCUCCUCCUCCUGUUCUCUCACCCUUCCCUUCCCUAACCCCCUUCCAUUCUUUUAUCCUAAACCCCCUCCCACGCCCAUUGUUGGAGAGCACUUUUCGCCUGCUCAAUUCAUCAUCCAACAUGGCCAGUCUCAAUGGGAGUUUUGCCUCUCCCUCGGCCGAUGCCGUGAUUUCCCCCAGACUUUUUGAGCCCUCCGGCGUUGUCGCCUCCGUCCUCGAGGGUUUCACCGUCUGGAAGGCCCUGUUGACUUUGUUCGUUGCUGCCGUCAUUUACGAUCAGUUCCGGUAUCUCUGGCUCAAGGGCUCGAUUAUUGGCCCAGCAUGGAAAAUGCCCUUCAUGGGACCUUUUCUCCAAUCUGUCAACCCUAAGUUCCAUGAGUACAAGGCCAAGUGGGACAGUGGUGCGCUGAGCUGCGUUUCCGUUUUUCACAAAUUCGUCGUCAUCGCUUCGACCCGUGAUAUGUCCCGCAAGAUCUUCAACUCGCCCAUCUUCGUCAAGCCCUGUGUUGUCGACAUCGCGCAUAAGCUUCUUGGUGCAGACAACUGGGUGUUUUUGGAUGGCAAGGACCACGUCGAGUUCCGUAAGGGUCUGAACGGUCUCUUUACGCGUCAGGCGCUUUCCUACUACCUUCCCCGCAUGGAAGAGGUCUACAACGACUACUACGCUCGUUUCCUUCGGAUUUCCAAGGAGAACAAUUUCACCCCCACUCCCUGGAUGCCUGAAUUCCGUGAAUUGAUGUGUGCUGUUUCCUGCCGUACUUUCGUCGGUCACUACAUCACCGAAGAGGCCAUCAAGAAGAUUGCCGAUGACUACUACCUGAUCACUGCCGCUCUCGAGCUUGUCAACUUCCCUGUCAUUCUUCCCUACACCAAGGCUUGGUACGGCAAGAAGGCCGCCGACAUGGUUCUGGUUGAGUUCUCGAACUGCGCCGCUAAGAGCAAGGCUCGUAUGGCUGCGGGUGGAGACAUCACCUGUAUCAUGGAUGCGUGGGUCAAGGCUCAGCAGGAUUCCGCCAAGUAUCGUGAGAAGCUUGCCCAGGGUAUUGCCGUGGACUCCAAUGAGAAGCCGCCUCAGCUUCUCCGUGAUUUCACCGACUAUGAAAUCGCCCAGACCGUGUUCACUUUCCUUUUCGCUUCCCAGGACGCUACCAGCGCUGCCAGCACCUGGCUAUUCCAGAUCAUGGCUGACCGUCCCGACGUGCUUGACAAAGUCCGCGAGGAGAACUUGCGUGCGCGUAAUGGCGACAUCCACGCCCCCCUGACCAUGGAUUUGCUCGAUAACCUGCCCUAUACUCGCGCUGUCGUCAAGGAGACUCUGCGUUACCGCCCUCCCGUCAUUAUGGUCCCUUACUUGGUCAAGAAGGACUUCGCCAUCACCGAGAAUGUUACCGUCUCCAAGGGUUCCAUGAUCAUCCCUUCUGUGUGGCCCGCCUGCCACGAUGAGGAGGCCUACCCUAAUGCUGACUCCUUCGACCCUGAUCGCUGGAUCACCGGUACUGCUGAGCAGCAGACGAAGAACUGGCUUGUCUUUGGCACUGGUCCUCACUACUGUCUGGGUCAGACCUAUGCCCAACUGAACUUGAUGGCCAUGAUUGGUAAGGCCAGUAUGGAGAUGGACUGGGAGCACACCGUUACUCCUGAGUCUGAGGAAAUCAAGGUGUUCGCUACUAUCUUCCCCAAGGAUGACUGUCUGCUCUCAUUCCGUCCUCGUCCUUGAGCAUUUUCAGUUUCGCUUCAGAGACAGGACGCCCGAUGCUCUGGCUUCUACCCGCCCGUCAAACCAAUUGAAGGGUGGAUGAGGAGCACUCGCGUCGCGCAUGUGCUGCAUUGCAUCCUAUCCUGGUGAUAUGAUGGCUGCAGGCGAUCCUCUUCUUCUCGGAUUCACCUUCUCUCUACCUUUUUCGACCUUGUAACUACUUAUUGCAUUGCCCGCCUGUUUAUCUUAUCAUUUCUGGGGCAGAGCGUGAUGUCAUCUGCUGUAUUGGUGUGUCCAGAGUUUGCCGAAGAGACGGGCGUCUGGAGGUACAUGAUUUUGCAACGAACCUGUGACUCGUGCACUUCAGUGUUCGUGAAGCAUUGAAGUGACAUGUCAUUCUUAGAUUACGCUACCUAGAAUUAAUAAUAAUGCGCGACUCG